AUGCAAUUCGCAACCAUCCUCAGCCUCGCGGCCUGCCUCUCUCUGGGAACCGCAAGCCCAGUCGACCGUCGAACUGGCUCCGGUGUCAUCGUUUUCCACGGUGCUGCAGGUGCCCAAUAUACUCUCACCGUUCCUCUUGAUGGUAGCAAUACCCCUACCAACAACGUCCUCUCUAUCUCAUCCGUUUCAUCUAGCACCGUCAACGUUGGUUCGCAAUGCACGCUCCACACCGUUGACUCUCCUGUCGCACUCGUCGAAGGGCCAGCCGGAACAUGGGUCGUUGGUCCCCCUCAGACUGUGACAUCCAUCUCUUGCAGUUCUGGAUCAACACCUCCUGUGAACCCUCCUGCAACCAUCGUCAUUGAAUUUGAUGGCGCCGACCCUGACCAGGGAGCUAAAUAUUCUCUUAAUGUUCCUCUUAAUGGAGCUACCAUCCCUACCAACAACGCUCUGUCAAUCAGCACCCUCGUCUCAACAUUUGCCGACCUCCCAACCAAAUGCCACUUCGUGUAUGUUGAUUUCCCAGCUGCACUUAGCCUCAUUAGACCCAACACUUGGGCCGUGGGACCACCUCAGACCAUCACCAGUGUUAGCUGCCAUGCUUAA